GCAAGAUGGCAGCCCCAGUGAGGUGUGUUGUCCUGAGGCUUCUCCGUGAUUGUACGCGGAAAGUAAAUGUGUUUUCUACACCACAAGCGCCCAAAACGAUUUAUCCUUCCAGUGGCAUGGUUUGCAGAUGUUACAGUGAUGAUUCGCACGGCAAAAACACUCAUUUUGGUUUCGAAACGGUACCAGAGGAAGAGAAAGCCGAGAGGGUGUACAAGGUUUUCGAGAGUGUGGCUCAGAAGUAUGACGUGAUGAAUGAUGCUAUGAGCCUGGGUGUCCAUCGACUAUGGAAAGACAUGCUACUCCACAUAAUGAACCCUCUUCCAGGGACACGCCUGCUCGAUACGGCUGGUGGCACAGGUGACAUCUCCAUGCGGUUCCUGGACUACACUCGUACUCAGGCUGAGAAGCAGCAGAGGCGCACCAUUCGCUCCCAACAGACCCUCUCGUGGCAGGACAUAGCCAACGGCAGCCAGACCCCCAAUGGGGAGCAGGAACUCCAGGAGUCCACGGCCGUCGUCUGCGACAUCAACAAGGAGAUGCUGAAGGUCGGCAAGGACAAGGCGGAGAAGAUGAGCUACGGCUCAGGGUUGUCAUGGGUGGUGGGUGAUGCAGAGGAGCUUCCGUUCGCUGAUAACCAGUUUGAUGUGUACACGAUAGCUUUUGGUAUUCGCAACGUCACUCACAUUGAACAGGCCCUGGAUGAGGCCCUGCGUGUUCUAAAGCCUGGAGGCAGAUUCAUGUGUUUGGAGUUCAGCAAAAUGUCUAAUCCUUUAUUGUCCAGUCUCUAUGACGCCUACAGCUUUCAACUCAUUCCUGUUCUGGGAGAGGUCAUAGCUGGAGACUGGAAGUCAUAUCAGUACCUGGUGGAGAGUAUCCGCCGCUUCCCAGAUCAAGAAACAUUUAAAGGCAUGAUCGAGGACGCAGGGUUUUUCCGCGUGCAGUACUUCAACUUGACGGGUGGGGUGGUGGCUAUCCAUUCUGGCUUUAAACUAUGAAGCCGCGGCGGCCUCCACUGUCCAGAGGGCGAAAACUGAAAAAGAAGGCAAAGAAAGAUGCCCAACAGACACUUAAACCCUGCGCUCAACCACAGUGAUGAAGAAGAGCUCUCAGAACGAACACACAAGACCUCACUUGAAUGUUGUGUGAAUGUUUUCAAUACUGUUAAACUGGUGUCGCAUAUAUAAGUAUAUAUAUAAGUGAUAAACAUUCAGCUACAUCUUGUCUGGUUUGUUGAAAUAUGGUGUUAUUUUUUUUUGCUCUGCAUCUGUAGGGAUUGGGAUGGCACUGUUAUGUUGUUGCGAAACAAACACUUUGAAAACAUAGUGGACAAGCAGAGACUGUUGUUAUGAGUGUUGUGAAAGAGGCAUACUUUUUUUUCCAGCAGAAAGGAACCACUGGCUGGAGUGAGUCAGGAGGGAACCAUACAGGGGUGCAUUUCUCGAAAGUGUAGUUGUUAGCAGUUAGCAACUUGGGUAGUUGCCAAUGGGAAAUUGCAUUGCAACCAACAAAGUAUCUAACGUAGUUAGCAACGACGCUUUUGAGAACUGCACCCCUGGCCACCACAUGAAGUUUGUCAACACACUGCACCGAUUCAUUUUCAAAUGGGUGGUGCAUAAACUUAAAAGUCAAGUUAAGAUCAAAAUUAAGAAUUUAUUUACUGUGUUGUGGAUGACUUACUGUAAAAUGUUCUGCGUGUUUUGUGCUGGUACAUUUUUUAACACACUGGUGGUAUGCAGCAAGAAAGACACAACAAUGUUUUACUUGAAUAAAACCAUAUAUUUUUCA